AUGGAAACAUCUAGUAUAGAUAACUUAGGGUUCAACAGAAAAAAUAAAAAGGCAAGAACUUCAGCUACUGAAGAAGAAAAUUUAGCCGAAAUUUGGGGAACAAGCUAUAAAGAUGCAGAAAACAAGGAGUUGCUCCAAACAGUAGGCCAGAACUUAGACAACAUAGUUGACAUUGCAAGCAGUAGUAGUAUGCAGAAAAAUACAGCAGAAAACAAAGUUGAGAAAACCAAAGUGGCAGAAGAAGGAAACAGCUGUUAA